UUUUUUAAAUAGUCGGUGAAAGACGAAACAGCUGAUUUGUUUCGGUUUAAAGCACAUGUUUCGUGCGGUAUAGUCGCAGAAUAUUAGUCAGUUUUUUCAUUGUAAAGUAUUGAAGUUCGUAAGUUCGAUAAAAUAUAAUUGACAAGGGUAAAGGACGUUCUUUUUAGUAAAUGGUUUUUUGUGAAAUGAAAAAUAUUCUCUAGGUUGUAUUUUUUGAAUAAUUUCUCUAACCCGAGAAAAAUGGCUGACCGUGAUAGCGCAUCCGAAAGCGACUCGAGUUCAAUCGACGGUGGUCCGAUUAUGAUGCCACCCUCUCCUAUUUCUCGUGAACAAUUACAAAAAAGAAUUGAAUCGCUUCAACAACAUAAUCGUGUUCUUAAAGUAGAACUCGAAACGUAUAAAUUGCGAGUAAAGGCACUCCAGGAAGAGAAUCGUAGCCUUCGUCAAGCUUCUGUCAUUAUACAAGCUAAAGCGGAACAAGAAGAAGAAUUUAUAAGUAAUACGUUGUUAAAAAAGAUACAGGCGCUUAAGAAGGAGAAAGAAACGUUAGCUCAUCAUUAUGAACAAGAAGAAGAAUGUUUAACAAAUGAUCUGUCCAGAAAAUUGAAUCAAUUACGCCAAGAGAAAUGUCGUUUAGAACAAACAUUAGAACAAGAACAAGAAUGUCUUGUGAACAAGUUAAUGAGAAAAAUAGAAAAAUUGGAGGCAGAAACUCUUGCGAAACAAAGCAAUUUGGAACAGUUACGUAGAGAAAAGGUUGAGCUUGAAAAUACACUUGAACAAGAGCAAGAAGCUUUGGUUAAUAAAUUAUGGAAACGAAUGGACAAGUUGGAAGCAGAGAAAAGAAUGCUUCAAAUAAAAUUGGAUCAACCUGUAUCAGAUCCAACUUCUCCAAGGGAAAUUAAUAAUGGUGAUACUGCGACUAAUUUAAGUACACAUAUUCAAACAUUAAGAAGUGAGGUUGCACGUUUAAGGCAUACUUUAUUAAUAUCACAACAAGAACAUACGGAAAAAAUGCAACGUUAUGUUAACGAAGAGAAACAAAUACGCGAAGAAAAUUUAAGACUGCAAAGAAAAUUACAAUUAGAAGUAGAACGCCGAGAAGCUUUAUGUAGACAUUUGUCAGAGUCAGAAUCUAGUUUGGAAAUGGAAGAAGAACGUCAUUAUAAUGAAAUCGUAAUGUCGGGUGGAAAUAUAAGAAAUCGCACGGUUUCUAGUCCCGUCCCGUAUAAUCCUUCGCCUAGUUCUUCUAGGCCACUCAGUCCAGGUAAUAAUGUAAUAGGUUCAGCAUCACGAGAAAAUUUCAAUACUAAUCGGUGUUAUGCGUGUGGUCAACCAACUACUCUUCCUUUUACUAGUUCAUCUCCUCCUUCUGGGGGGCACAUAGUUCCACCAUCUACCAGGCGUACAUCUGAUAGAUUUGUUAAGCCAGCAAUUCCUCCAACUAUAGUGAAUACUGCCGGUCCUCAGUUAACAAAUCCUACUACUAAUACAACUGGAUCACCUAUGGAUAUUGCUAAAACAUAAAUAUUUGAGAUAUAUAUAUAUAUAUAUAUAUAUAUCAGUUGGUCCGAUAUCAUCAUCAUUUAUAUAUUAAUGAAAGGUACUUCUUUUAUUGGUGCAUUUGUACUAAUUACAUGAUUAUAUAUGAUAGAUGCAACCAGUGGCUUGAGAAAGACGUUUGGUUUCCAAUGUUUUAUAUAUUCUCCAGUUACAGUGUAAUGAUUCGAUUUUUGUUAGAUAUUACAAAAGGAAAGCAAAUAUGCCAUUAAUUAUUCUAUAUCGUUACACUAGCUAAUAACAAUAAAAAAAAGAAAAAAAAAAAAGAAAAAAAUAAAAAAAAAGAAAAAAUAAAAAAAAAAACAAAAAAAAACAAAAAAAAAAGAAAGAAAAAAAGAAAAAAACAACGCUUAUAUUAUAUUACAUAAGAACAUAAUCUACAACAGUAUUUAAGAAAAAAAGGGAAAAAAAAAAACAAACAAGCGUAUCGAAACUUUUGAUUUUCAUCAUGAAAAAUAGCCUAAUCAAAGCUAAAAAAAGAAAAAAUAAUUAAAUAUAUAAAUGUAUUCUCUUCAGAUAAUAUCUCGCUCUCUUAUUUUUUCUGUAUCGUUCCAUUUGUCAUUAAGUUUUAUUAACAUCUGGCUAUACAUUCAUAUCUUUUUUCUUCUUUAAAAAGAAAACAAAACAAACAAACAAAACAAAAAAAAAAAAAGAAAAAGAAAAAAGAAGUUUUAUAUUAUUUUUAAUUAAGUGAUGUUAGAUUUUUUUCAAUGUUAAAUAUUAAUUUUUUUUUUUUUUGCUUCUUUCAAUUUUGCUAAUAUUUGUCGGAACAAUAGACAACACAACACACACAAAACAAUAAAUAAUGUCUCGUAUGUGCUCAGAGAAUUCAUUUUUGAUAAAACAAUAUUUUCAAUUGUAAAAAUCUUUAUUGCAGUAUCAGAUGAGCGAGAUUAUAUUUAUAAAACAAUAUGCACGCGUGAUAUCUAUGUAAUUGUUAUGGAUACGAGAAAAACAAGAAAGGUUUAGGAAUCCGGGUGGUAGAAGUCAAUAAAAAAAAAAAAAAUAAAAAAAAAAAAAUAAAAAAAAUAAAAAAAAAUAAUAACUUCACAUACGUGUUCAUAAUGUGUGUUGUCAAAGUUUUAUCUAAUAAUACUUCUACGAUUUUCCUGAAGUACUUUUUAGAUGGAAACUUCAAACAUAAUAUUAUAGUGCUAUAUCAAAAAAAAAAGAAAAAAAAAAAAAAGAAAAAAAAAAAAAGAAAAUGGCAUGCUGCUUCCAUACUUCAAACAGAUGUAAUAAUUGUAAUAAUAAUACAAAACACAUUCGCACGAUAUAGUUCAUAUAAGCACAUAAAACCAUGUAAAAGGAGUUGAUGGCUUUGCCAUAAUAUUUGUCUGACUAAUUAUAUUUUUACAAAAAGAUAAAUUAAAAAUUUUUAAAUUUUAUUAACUAAUGAUUAUUGUUUUACUUAUGAAUAACCAAUUAUAUUUUUUAAUUCAAAGUUAAAGCUUUCUUUUUUUUUUCCUUUUUUUAUCUCGAUUUCAUUUUCCCUUUUUUUUUUUUUUCAAUCGUGCUUUCAAAAUCAAAAUAGUAUAUUAAUAAAUUUGAACGUAGUUUAAAAAAUUUUAUAUUAAGCCAUCAAAGUCCGACUACAUUUAUGUAAUAUUAACUGUAAAACAAAAUUGAUUCUCAUCGUCAAUUUUCCAUUAUUAUCAUUGACUAUUUGCUAUUUUUUAAUAGACACGGCGAAUGGAAAGCUUUUGGUAGAAUAUGCACAAAUGUGAUAACGAAAAAAAAAAGACUUUCACUUUUGUGCUACAUAUAUACGUUGUGUAAUAAUUAAAUAUUAUUUAUUGUGUGCACAAUGGUGCUGAAAUACAUUACGAUAUUUGAAUAACGAUGCUGCAGAUGAUGUUCUAAUAUUUAUCUUUGGUAAUAACAUUAAAACUAUAUUAAGCAGA